CCAAUCGGCUACCGUGGAGAGGACCGCAGUAGGAAGCUGGUGUCUUUCUCUCUCUCUCGCGCGAGAUCGUCUGGUAUUGCCAAGAAUAUAAUUGGGAAUCCUCGAGACUGCAGAAUGUCAUGAUCUAAAGGCCCGCAGUGCUUCUUGGCGCUUACAUUUGUCUCUGCUAAGCCCUUUUUGCGGUUGACGAUACCUUCGGAAUUCUGUUACCUAAAAGUCGAGUUGUCAGUUUUUUUGCCCGGCGUAUGAGAGGCGAAGUAAGUGUAGGCAGGGCUAGACAGGGCUGAAGAUGUACGAGAACUCGUCAGGAACUUUUGAUCCAGCUAUCAUGAAGUGUCCACGGGCUCAGAUUCCUAUACGAGACGAAGAGUGAAGUAUAGAUGACCAGCGUCUACUCUUGCAAGUCUCUGGACUAUAUAAACACGUCUUCUUUGCUCUAUUCCACGAUCUAUCUCCCUCAUCAACUCACAACAACAACUUCUUCAGAUCAGACACCAGAGCUACAAACUCCAACUCAAUCUUCACCUUCCACCUACAACACUUCCAAGAUGCUCAUCACCAACAUCCUCACCGCCGCCACCACGGCCUGCGCCAUCUUCGCCCCCGCCGCCGCGGCCUACGACAUGAGAGUCAAGAAGUACGGCAAGACGGACUGCUCCUCGUCCGGCGGCGGCAACCUGGACUGGAACGCCAACGAGUGCCACGCCCUCUACAGCACCGACUGGGGCAUGAAGGUCAUUGACUACGACACCAAGUGCAAGAUGAGAGGAUACAACAACGGAAACUGCAGAGGCAGUGCGGUUACUGCUUUCAGCACCAGGCAGUGCCAUUCUUUGAAGGGAGUUUGGUCCGUUCGUGUGGAGUGCGAGUAAACGGUUGCAGGAUAUAGGGCAUUUGUAACAGAGACUUGGACGCGGAAGGAUGAGAUAGAUGGGGCCUACUUGUUACGGCAUUAGAGUGAAGGGCACAUAGACUUCGCGCACACAAGAAGCCGUUUCAAGAACUGUUCCCAUCUGCAAGGUGUUCGAAGCUUCUUUGAGUUGAGGAGCGAUGAAUGACUUUAUACUCUGCAUUCCCAGAAUGAGAAGCUAGCGC